AUGUUCUUCAGAUUAUUGAUAAUUUUGGCAUUUUAUUGUAUUUUCGAUAAUGUUGUUGAUGGUGAUGAAGAUAGACUUCAUCGCUUCAAACGGAUAAUUGGUGGACAAUCUGUACCACGUGGUACCUAUCCAUGGGCGGCGUCAAUCCAGGCUAAACGCCACACAUCAUGGUCAACUUUAGUUACAGGGACUGAACAGCAUUAUUGCGGUGCUGCUUUAAUUCGACCCGAUUGGGUGAUAACAGCUGCUCAUUGUCUAUAUGACCAAAGUGAAGAUGAUGAAAUGAUAAGUUAUCUAAAUCCUAAAAUGUGGCAUGUACGAAUGGCAACUGAAAAGCUGAGUCCCGGAAUCUUAGAACGCCUCAAGGGUGCUUUCAAUCGGGUGUUCAAUUCAAUUUUUGGACACGUGAAACCUCAAACAUUUUAUCAUGUUGAAGAAAUAUUUCAUCAUCCAAAAUAUGAACCUGGAAACCUAGAAUAUGAUAUUGCCUUAUUUAAGCUCAAAGAAACACCAGUACUGUGGAAAAUCAACCAUCUGGAUUUAAUAGAAUUGCCUGUUGACGAUAUCGGAGAAGAAUGGCCAAAAUCUAACCAGAAGUGUACAGCUGUUGGUUGGGGAUGUAGUUUUGUCGAUGGACCACCCACAUUAAAAAUUCAAGCUGUUGAACUUCCAAUAUUACAACCGAAAAUCUGCAAGUUGAUGUAUUUGGCUUAUAUAAACUUAACAACAGAACAUGAAUUUUGUGCAGGUUAUCAUAACUUUGGAAAAGGUGUAUGUCCGGGAGAUAGUGGUGGACCAUUGGUUUGUGAAGAUUCGAGCGGGGAAUUGAAGUUAGCCGGCAUAGUGUCAGCAACACAUUCGAAAAUGCCCGCUGACUAUCCUGCUAUCUUUACACGUGUCUCUUAUUUCACCAAAUGGAUAAAUACUGUUAUCAAGGAGAAUUCAUACAAGAAAAGGCCGGAUGGCUUCUUUUCAUUUCUUAAAUUGCAUAACUAA